AUGGGCGAUCACGUCCUCUUCUUUUACGGACUUCUCAUGGCCCCCCAAGUCUUACACCGAGUAAUCCACGGCCAAGCCAAUCCAGAGCCCUGGCAGAAAGCCAUGCUCCGGUUCCAGCCCGCCGUUCUUCACGGGUACCGGCGACAUCGUGUGCAGAAUGCAGAUUAUCCAGGCAUUGCGCCAGUCAAACAGACUUCAGAGACGGAUUCAUCUGAGCCCAGCACCAACGUCAAGACAUCAGUCAUAGGAACCCUCGUCUCGGGGCUGACAGAUGGGGAUAUUCACCGACUUGACAGGUUCGAGGGCUCGGAAUAUGAGAAGAAACCCGUCGUCGUGCGCACUCUGCAGGGAUCAUUGGAUCAUGGUAGUAAUCAGACGGGGGCUUCUGCUUCUGAGACCCAGCUGCGAGAUGUGCUAAAUGCAGUGAAUCCCAAGGGUGCGGACGAGGGGGAGGAAGUCGCAGCUGUGGCCUAUGUUUACACUGCUGGGAGGGAUAUGCUCGAGGAUGCAGAGUGGGAUUUUGAAUCGUUCAAGAGGGACAAGAUGGCAUGGUGGAUUGGGGCGGAUGAAAGCCAGUGGUAG